CGAGCGCUGUUCAGCAGGAAGUCGAACUAUAGCUACUGAGUGCGCAUGCUCCGCAGCUCUCCUCUAUCUAGGGAUGCGUUUGGCUUCUUAAAACGAUGAACAAACCCCUAGGUAGCUGUUGCACAGAAGUGGCCCCCUCCCUCUAGUCUACUUCAAUGAGUGUGAUGGCGACCACUGAUGAGGUCACUGUACCUAUGGGGGAAGUGGUGAUGGUAAAGGACGACAGUGGUGAAGGUGACCCCGAUGACCCUAAUAAGACUCAGGUCAUCCUCCAGCUCCAGCCAAUCACCACUGGAGACGAGUCUGCUGAAACAGAUGCGGCUGUCAUGGCUGUUGAAUCUCAUUCAGAGCAAACUGAGGGAGACGACGUUGAAAUUGGCUGCCCUAUAACGUGUGGUGACUGUAAAGCUGUGUUGCUAGUGAAAAAGUUUGUGUGCCCAGGAAUCAAUGUGAAAUGUGUGAAGUAUGAAGACCAGUUGAUCAGUCCCAAGCAGUUUGUGCACAUUUCUGGAAAAGCUACUCUGAAAGACUGGAAGAGAGCCAUCAGGAUGGGGGGAGUCAUGCUGAGAAAAAUGAUGGAUUCCGGUCAGCUGGACUUCUACCAGCACAGCACUCUGUGCACUAACACAUGUCGCAGCACCAAGUUUGACCUUUUAAUAAACAACACACGCUUCCCUCCUGAUGGCACCGGACUUACCACACCUACAUCCUCUCAAGUUACAGGUCAGGUGAUCCUGGGUAAUGGUGGGGCAGCUGCAGAAGACCGAGCAAAGGUCCUGAGCGGGAAGUCGGACUGGAGCUCAAGUUCAUCGGAGUCUGCAGACAAAAAGGGAUCAGCUGAGAUCUCAGAGGACACACUGAACUUUUGGAAGGGCAUUGCAGAUGUGGGUUUGUUGGGUGAAGUGGUGACCAACAUCAACACGGAGCUUGUGGAGCUGUUAAACAGCGUGCAGCAGCGCAUGGAUCCGGCCAGCCUACAGGACACAGAUUCCUGUCUGGUAGAGGUGGCCGUGCUCAGUAACCUCGCCCAGGUCUUCGAUCUGCUCGAUGUGGUCAAGAAGAUUGUGGAGAGGAGGAAGCAGCAGACGGAUCCCAGUCAGGAGCAGGUGCUCAGCAUGCUCACCAACCUGGAGGUGCAGCUGGAAGAACAGAAGAAGCAGCAGCAAGUACGAGCUCUUCUCACCUGCCCCCAGCCUGCCAAAAACAAAACUCCCACUAAACGCCCGACCAAGCGGCCUCGACUCCAGAGACCUGCCUCCACCACCACCCUCCUCACCCCUAUAAACCAGCAAGCCACUCUGCAGCCUCAGCAGUUCACCGUUCUUUCACCCAUCUCGCUGUCCUCAGUGGGGCAGCCAUUCACCGUGGCAGGCCUACCUAUUGCCUCGCUGUCCCAGUCCUCCAACACAGUCACAUUACUCCCUGCCGGCUCGCAGGUCUUCACCCGCUACAUGGUGGCUGGAGAUGGUAAGACAGAAACCAUCACCCUGCAUCCGUCCUCAGGUUUGACACUGGUUGGCACCACCGCUUUGCAGGACUCCAGCCAACUGGGCACAGUAAUGAGCCCCAUGGAGCUGGUGCAGCUAAGCCAGCAGGCCAGCGGUGCAGAGGUGGUGCCCAUAGAAGGCCAAGUGGUAGACGGCACCAUGCUAGUGCAACAGGAGGUGAUGCAGGGGGAAGUGGAGGGCAGCCAGGAACACACGGUCAUUGAGAUCAAUCCAACUCCUGUGGAGCAGGCAGUGGGAGUGAUGGAGCUCCAGCUGACCGGGGAGUCAGGCAGAGAAGGGGCCACCAUGGUGGUCCAGAGUGGGGUGGAGAUGACCAUGUCGGCAGAGACGGAGGAGGAGACUCAGCACCAGCUGCAGGAGGCACACACUGAAAGGGUUCAGGAGGUGCAACUGGAUGCUAGCGGACACCUGUCGCACGUACAGAUAGUGGUGAUAGGAGAAAACACUCAGGAAGAAAACAAGGUCAAAUAAGACACAACCAUCUUUAUCCAGCACAGCAGGUAUGAACUCAUGGACUGAGCCAUCACGGACUCGACAAACUGUAAAUACACAGGAUUUCCAAAUCCACAAAUUGCCUUGGACUAAAACCAAGCUUUAGGGUAGCCAUUUUUCCUUUUUUGUGUCUUUGUACAUGCUCCGCUAAGCUUGUUCAUUUUUAUUGAAGCAAAGAGGGAUCUGCAAUAUAUGAAAUGCUUCUGUUUGUUUUCCAGUUGAAGGUUCGAGCAUAUAAUGACUUGGCUCUAAAAUUUAUAGUUUUGGCCAUUAUUUCUGUUCUUUUUUUAUUUUAACCCUGUACUCACCAAAGUAACUGCUACUGAAAUCUGGGAACACUGGGACUGUGACUUCAAAGAAACUUGUACGCUUUAAAAUCCACAAAUUUUUGAUGUGAUAAUUAUGAAGUUAAAGAUAAAUGUAUUUAGAAGCUUAACACACACAGCAAAACAUGACGCCUGCAUGUGUUAGAUGAUGUUGAAGUGAAGCAAAUGCUGUGCGAAAUCCCCGCUUUUACUUUGAUUACAAUGUCUACAUAGAGUUUGGGACAGCACAUACUUUGAUCUUAAAUCGGUGCACAUGUUUUGUUUAUGAGCUGUUCCACACCAUCAGUCCGGUUCACAUCAAACUGUUUCACACAAUGUCUUCAUGUCUCUUUUUUCCCGAUUAACCAGACAGGCACAGUAAAAUAUCCAUCAAACAUUGUUUUUCCGCAGUAAAAAGAAAAGUUAAAUAUUUCAAAUCCUGACAGAUAAGAUAAGAGAAUACUUGGAUGUUUUACUUGAAAAUGACCUGAAUUAUAAAUAUAUUUAUUCAAUUUUCUGCUGAUGGACUGAUGGUCCCUGGGGGUCUAAUAAUAAGGAAAAUAAUGGCCAAAAGUAUACAAAUGGGAUCAUGUCUUUAUGAACUAUAAUUUUACUUCAAGCC